ACCUGUCCCGCAUUUACGCGAACAGACCUAGCAGGCCAACAUUGUGCUUUCAUCUUUCGCUGAUCUUAACCCAAUUUCGAAUGGAAUUUAUCAACAGAAACUCGCAUUAUUCGCAGCUGACAAACUCGAUUUUAUAAGAUUUACGUGCGUCUAGCUAAACCUUAUUACCCAGACUUAAAUUAAUCAAAAGUGCCGAGUGAUUUUUUUGUGAAACGCAACAAGAAAAGAAGAAUAAAAGUAACCAAAAAGUGAAUAUAACGUUAGAUGAACUGUAGAAUUCAAGGAUUUCUGGUUCAGUGCUUUAGUUUGUGCUUGACCGUUCCGUCGUGGGUUUGCAGCGAGCGCGUUGCUUUUUAGCUUUCGUUGUAAUAGUUGUUGGAUAAAAAUACUAACAGGAAAUUUCUUCAAAAUGCGUAUCCUAUAGAUCACUGAUGCACACGAUCCUGGAUAGAGGAUAUAAAAUGGUGAAAUUAAAAAUAGAGCGUAAAACCUAGCAAAAAUGAGCAGUUUACUUAAGAGAGGACUUAUAUUUUGCACUUUCUUCGUCGCUUGUGCGGCCGCUGCCCUGCUCUUGGCGGGUUUGGGCACGAAAUACUGGAUACAAGCCAGCGCCAAGCGAAUAAAGAAUCCAUUGGAAAGCGAUGGCAAGAUACACUUCGGAUUAUUCGAGGGAAGGAAGGAACUUAACGUAGCUUACGGAUGGAGAACAUAUGACAUAGAUGUGAUAGCUACGAUGAAGUACGAGCCAGAGUUUCUCAAUUACUGGUUUUGGAUAGGUACAAUAGGCGCGCUGUGUCUUGGACUUCUAUUUUCAUUGUUGAGUGCCGUUUUUGCUGUUAUUAACACUGCCACAACAACCCACCGAUAUUUAGCUGGCCUGUCAGGACUAAUAUUGUGGAACUUUCUUACGUUUUUUACGUCAUUAUGUGGUAUUGGAUUAUGGAUAGCACAAUACUACACUACAAUUCAAUACAACGUUUUAACUAGAGAAGAUAGAAAUAACGAAUGGACCUCAGAAGGAAUGGCGGAACUGUCCUUUUCGUUUUGGUUUGUAGUUGGUGCAGCGUGCGCAGCAUUUGUAAAUAUAAUCAUAAUUGUGAUAUCUACCAGUGAAAAAGAAACUGAAACAAUAAUACCCGUCCUCGAAGAAAAGACUAAUGGAGCCAUCAUGCUAUAUUAGAACAAAUUAGAUAAAUUAUUUAUUAAUAUUAUAUACGCUUAAAGCCAUUUUAGUUUAUACAUAAUAUAGUAUGUAAAUUUAUUUUUGUAUUAAGUAUAGGUUAAAAAAUAACGUAAUUUUUUAAAUCUUUAAUGUCUCUAUUCUAUCGAAGUAGCUUGUAAGUUUGCGUUAGAUUGAGGUAAAGUAUUUAAGCAUAAAUUUUAGCGUGUACGAAAUUCGCAAAUUUUCAACGUAUAUUUCAAUAUGGCGGCAUGGGAUUCGUAAAAGUCUUAACGAUCCGAAUUUCCGUCUUUCUAUUAUUUUUUUCUGACAGUUACCCUACAUUCAUAAAAUCACAGAUAAAAUUAACCAAGAAAUGUGUACAAAAUAUUUGAAUACCCCCAUGGAAACGCUAAAUUUGAACUGUUUAAUAACUACUGCGUCGUUUUUUGCGCAGUUCCUGUAUAUAUAUAAUAUAUGAAGACUUAGAUAUGAUUUUACUUCAAUUGUCAUUUUUAAUGUGACAAAUUAUUUUGUAAUAUCAAAAGCUGUACAAUCGAAAAAAAAACGGCAUGAGAGUUGGCGAAAUCACGAUCACUGUCAUUAAAGCUCACUUUUAAUGCAUCCGUUUUCUGCAAAAAACAAUAUGGAGGCAUAAAAAUCGUAAAAAGUUAAAAAAUAUUAAGGGUUAUCCGAAUUUCGGACGGUAUUGGUUUUACAGCUAUACAGAUAAUAUUAGCUAAGAAAUUCGUACAAUAUUUCAUUGUAUAAAAUGGUUAAAUAAAAACGUCUUCAUUUUUUUUCAUGGCAAACAUGUAUGAUAUGAUAGAAAAAAACUAGGCUAUACCGGGUGCGUCUCAAAAGUGGCUCAUCCCCUAUAAC